CUGUAGGUUUUCUGAGAGUAACGAAAGAAAACCAAGGUUUUCUGUGUAUUUGCCGAGAGCGUACUCGGCAGUUCGUUGGUGGUACGGCGGGGCCGUACUGGUGAGAAAGUAGGGCAAGUCGCGGAGAGCGCGACGGAAAGAGCAAUUUCGCGAGUUAAUUUAGUCAGUACUGACAGGUUUCCACUGCGUCGUCUGCCAAUUACACCGCCCCGAGGCAGAUAACGCAGUCGGUAACCAUGUUCCCGUUCCUCGGUUUAGAGGUCGCCCUAGUGGCAAUGUUCGCGGGCAUCGUUAUGAUGCCAGCUAAACGUAGAGUCGGUGACCAAGUGGUAGAGCUACAGAAGGUGCUUGCAGACUUACACGCGCAGUUGACCGCAAUAGAACAAGCCGACGACUAUCAGAAGGCCGCCUCCAUGCUGGCCUCUGACCCUCUAGCACGUUUAAACAAGAAAAAAUUUUCUACCGCGAUGGGCCACGCUUGGGAUACCUACGUCGCAUUGAAGAGUCAAAUGGCGAGUGUCAGCGCGCACAUUGCUCAACUGGAGAUGACCAUGGAGCAGCCAGCUAUGAAGGUUCUCGUCUCCGACAAGUCUGGUCGCGUCAUGGAGCGCCCAUUGAAGGACCUGGACUACGUCAACGAUGGCUGGGUCAACAAGUCGGGCAAGGAGCACAAGGCGCUCAAGCGGGAGAACCGGGAGCUGAACCAAAUCUACCAUGCCCUUCAGAAGGUCAACCGCAACCUGGAGGACGAACGCGAGGCGCGCCGCGAUGAGGCCCCACCGGAGCAGAUUGAGGAGUUGGAGAAGGCAACUAACGACGCCAUCACCGAGGGUGAGAACUUGCUCACGGACCUAAACACGCGGCUGCGCAAGGCGAUGUUGGUGGGUUGGGAAACCGUUGAGUCGUUGGACCUCCCUGACUGCUGCAAGUCCGAGGAGGAGCGUAGCAAGUUGUUGUCCGCGCACAAGCGUGUUGUUGCUGAGAAGGAGUGUGAGCGCAGGGGUAACAAGCCCUCGGUGCAGAAGCCGUUCGGUGCGGGUUUCCGUCAGCGCCAGUUCGUGGCGCCCUCGCCCGGCUUCGGCCAGGCCCAGGUGCAAGCAGUUUGGGCAUUUUGCGAACAUGUGCUCGAACCCACCCGCGCCACGGUGAUGGCGGUGGGCCAGCAGUGCGGUUUGUGCGCGUCGGGGCGCGUGAGUGAGAGUGAUUGCGGCCCCGUCGGGGGGUAGGACCUGACUGGCAUGUAGCCACAACUUGAGUGUGAACGCCCCGGAGUGGCGUAGCCCUUCGGCGGGCUGGUUGCAGGCCCGCGCGCCGCUGCUAUGUGCUAUGACGUCCCGGAGAGACGUAGACCCCCUCGAGGAGGGAGUGUCGGACUUUGCCCGGCUCACGGCCGGUUGCCCUUGGUAACAUGCGUCAGAU